AUGGAAGAACCGCUUCUAAUAAGUUCAGCAAGUAAUAGGUGUCCCAGUAGAUUUUUCACAUGCAAUAUAUGUUUUACAGAACUUCCCUUAGAGAGGAAAUUCAAGGGAUGCCGGCAUCCUUAUUGUACUAAUUGUGUCGCUAAGUAUAUAGAAGCACAGGUGAUUUACCGCAACAUCUCGAAGAUAACAUGCCCAGAAUUCAACUGCAAUGUCAUGUUGGAGGCUUCAUCGUACCAAUCAGUUCUCCCAAAAAGUGUUUUCGAAAAGUGGUGUCGUGCUCUCUGUGAAUCAGCAGUAUUUUUGAAUGCAUCAAAAGGCGGGGUAGCCUAUGGAAGAUCUUACUGCCCUUAUCGAAAUUGUUCCGAAUUGGUUUUGAAUGAAUGUGUUGGAUAUUCUAGUUCAAGCAAGAUUACAGAAUCAAACUGUCCUAGUUGCAAAAAGCCUUUCUGUUUCCAUUGCAUGGUUCCAUGGAAAGAGAACCAUCAGUGCAAUAGUAAUCGUGAGAUUGUAAUCGACAUCGACAGUAAAGAUGAUUCUUUGUUCAUGAAGAUUGUCAAAAAGAAGAGAUGGAGACGGUGCCCGUCUUGCAAGCAUUACGUUGAGCGCAACGAGGGUUGUGUGAAACAGUUUUUUGCCACGAGUGUGGCAGCAUUAGAUUUAGCAGCAUUCGACGUCCUUGCAAACCAACUCUGGCCUGGGAGAUGA